AUGGAGAAGUUCACUAAUUGGAGAGACAAGGGCACUGGGAUUGCACCUUUUGUACCCACCCCGCCUCCUCUGUUGCAAGAGAAAGGUUUGACAGGAGCACUUAAUAACGUGAAAUUCGUGCUGAAAGCCAUAUGUGUACUGCCUUUGGUUAUUCUGGCUUUGGUUUCGCCCUGUUGGAUCUCGAAAAUAAUCUGGUCGAGUAUUCUCAAAAUAAUGGUCAGUUGGAGCUCGCAAUUGACGACCCAGGGCGUGAAGAAGCGGGAUCAGCGCGGGGAAUUGCCAUCUGCUGACAGCGGUAUUUAUUUGGCGAACUGUAGCAGUCCCUUUGACGCCGUCGCUUUGUGGCUUCUGGCCCAGGGCCCUACAGCCUUUUGCGUGCCAUUGACAAACGGGAAAACGUCUCGAAUUGUUCAAUUGACUUUUUGGCAAUUCGUAAAGUUUGCCCUCAAUAACGGGCAGUUGAGUGGAGAUGAGUCGAACUUUCAGCAAGUCACGACUGUUUCCCAAUUGAAAGGACACGUUGUGUAUUUUUUCGCCGAAGGAACGACUUCGAACGGCAAAAGCGUACUGCCAUUUGAACUAAACCAGGAAGCAUGGGACGACUUCUUGGGCCUCAAAAACACUGGUGUUGGAAGUUCUUCGUCCUACAGCGGUAACAACAGAUCAACAGAUGCCAAUGUCAAAGUUCAUACCAUCCAUUUGAAAAUCAAUAGUUCUCUCACCACUCCUUUGCGACUCGAUAAAUGGAAGUAUCUGGUCAGAGCCUCCACUCAAGGCGUCAGCUACAAGUGUAAAAUAGUCAAGUCGGUCGGCACAGAUCUGAGUAAAGUGCGUGCGGCGCUUGUGGGUGGAGACAAAUUUCGACUUGUGGGCAAAGAAUUGAACACCGACUCCAAACGUAAAUUUAUAAAAGAGUUUGCAAGCCGAAGACGCUAG